CAGGUUCUGCUCUGUCGGUAUCAUAAUUCCGUGCUGAGCCGCUGCCACCGCGAUGUCUUCACCUCCGUCAGAGGAUUCACCACACAGACCACCAGAUCCUCCCCAAGACGGCGGAUCCGAAUUCUGUGGCUGGGCUCUCUCCUCGGGGCCCCGACUGUUGGGGCUCUGGCUUAUUACACAUCGGAAUGGACCUAAGAGGAGAAGGAUGAGGAUCUCCGUGCAGGGCAUCCUCCGCUUCAGCAGAUCUCUGAAGAUCGCCUCCCACAUAUCCAUAGACUACUGGUGGACGAGAAAUGUGACUCUGAGGAAGGAGGAUGAGAAACAGUCCGCUACACCAGGCCGUCAUGUCUCAGUGUCACCAGAGGACGGCGGACAGACUGGUGGACGGGGCCCUGCUGAACGGGGGUCUCUACAUCAAACUUGGACAAGGUCUGUGCACCUUCAACCACCUACUGCCCCCAGAAUACAUUGCAACGCUGCGGGUGCUGGAGGACCAGGCACUGCCUCGGAGGACCAAUGAGGUGAAUGAGAUUCUUUUGGAAGACUUCGGUGAACCCGCUGAGAAGCUCUUCCAAAAAUUUGACCAAAAGCCGAUGGCAGCGGCAAGUCUAGCCCAGGUGCACCGCGCGACCUUACAUGAUGGAACUGAGGUGGCGGUGAAGGGUCCAGUACAUCGAUCUUCGAGAUCGCUUCGAUGGGGAUAUUAAGACUCUGGAAUGGCUUCUCCGGCUCAUUGAGUUCAUGCACCCCAAGUUUGGGUUCAGUUGGGUUCUGAAGGACCUGAAGAACACAUUGGUGCAGGAGUUGGACUUCGAGAACGAGGGGCGAAACGCUGAACGAUGCGCACAAGAUCUGAGAAAACUCUCCUAUGUCCUGAUACCCAAAGUACACUGGAAGUACACCAGCAAGCGGGUCCUCACGGCGGAUUACUGCGAGGGCUGCAAAGUCAGCAGUGUGGACGGGAUCAAGAAGCAGGGCCUGGAGCUGAAGGAUGUGGCGGAAAAGGUGAUAAAGGUUUUUGCAGAGCAAAUUUUUUCUUCACGGGAUUCAUCCACGCCGACCCCCACCCCGGAAACGUUCUGGUGAAUGUGGGGAAGGACGGGAAGGCUCGGCUGGUUCUCCUGGACCACGGACUGUACGAGUUCCUGAGUCCGAGGGAUCGCACAGCUCUGUGUAAACUCUGGAGGUCCAUUGUUCUGAGGAAUUAUCCGGCUAUGGCGGAGCACUCGGCAGAGCUCGGGGUGAAAGAUUACUUCCUGUUCUGUGAGAUUCUGCUGCAGCGCCCCCUAUCCCUCACCGGAACUCUGGGGAACGCCCUGACACGGGAGGAGACGCGGUACAUGCAGGACAUGGCCAAGGAGCAUUUUGAUGACAUCAUGAGAGUCCUCCAAGCUUUGCCACGCCCCAUGCUGCUGGUAUUCCGGAACCUUAAUACGGUGCGGGCCCUAAAUAUUGGACUGGGGGCCCCAGCGGAUCGAUAUCUCCUUAUGGCCCGCAGUGCGGUGCGAGCGUGGAGGCGUCUGGCAAAGCAGAAUUCCUCAGGGAUCACACGUUGGGUGUCUGUGAUGUGGGAACAUUUAAAGUUUGAGGUGGCUCUCAGGUGGGACAGCUUCAUGCAGCAUUUCACCUUCUUCAUCAUCCGUCUUCUUAUCCGCUUUGACUUUCUCACUGAAAACGAGCAGAUUCGGCAGUUCCUUCAAUCGUAG